AUGAUGCCGGGAUUUCCCUUGAUCAACUUUUCUUUCGUCAGGCACUUCGGCGGUUACAUCGCAUGGGCUAAUCUUCGUGGCGGAGGCGAAUACGGCGAGAGUUGGCAUAGGGCAGGAAGGAGAGAGAAGAAGCAGAACGUUUUUGAUGAUUUCAUUGCAGCAGCUGAAUAUUUGAUCAAGAACAACUACACGAAUAGUAAAAGGUGA